AUGUUAUUCAAAUCAUUACAAUCAAUCUCAAGGGUCAGCUCAGCCCAAAAGAAUCAGAUUUCUUCAAUUUCAGUAGGAACUAAUCAAUCAAAUAAUAAUGCAGCACUUGAUGUUAAUAUUGGAAUUCCAGGUUUAUUAAAUAUUGAAAUUUCAACCACUCAAUAA